AUGGCGAGGAGACUCUCACAGGUUGCCCGUGUCGAAUCAGCGCACCUCAGCUCUCGCCGCCCUACCUGUCCGCACCACACGAACACACAACUCGUUGUACGAGAUACCCAUGCCCCUCUCCCUUUCUCUCUCUCUCUCUCUCUCUCUCUCUCUCUCUCGCCUCGGCCUGGUGUGCAGCACACAGACGGUCGUCGUCCUACAGUCGUCCGAGCUAGCGGCCAGUCCGAUCUGCGCACAGCGGGAGCGGCUGCCUCCCUCUCCCUGACAGCAAACCUUGACGCAGAGGGUGGUGAACGCCUAGCGGUCGCUGAGCCCUGGACGAUUACAGGUAGGUAGGUACCUAGCGCCCUGCAGGGGACAGCCCAUGCGGCAUCGUCAAGCGAGGGAACCGCCGGACGCUGGAACUGCCUGCGCACGUGAGUCAGCCCUUUGCAUUCCUCAGAUUC